UGCCGUUAAAGGGAAGCAACUCGCGCACAGGUAAAUUUGUACAGGUGUAAAUCAAUAACAAUAAACAUUCCUUAUACUGUACAUGUUGACAGCAAAUAUGGCGGAAAAGAGUGACGGAAAUAGCAAAACCGGAGAAAUAUUUACACUUAACGAAUUUACGGAAUGUUUUGAUCUCCCAAAAUGGGUGGAAGUUGUCGGUGGAAAGGAUGUCGGCCCGACGGGCCACGAAACGUGCAAUAUUAAAAAGGGAAUGAUAUUAAUUUUAAGGACUUUAGCUGUUGAAAAUGUAACGUUAUCAUUUACGGAUAGUGACACUGGUGUUAAAAGGUUGGUUAAGGUUUCGCCGGAUACUCAAGUGAAAUUUAAGGUACUUUUACCAUUUCCUGAUUUCAAAAACCCACAUAUGCCUAGGACUGUUCAUGAAAAAGUUUCAGACUUACUCAAAGUGUGUCCUACAUAUUUUAAAGCGAAUGUAUUUUACGAUGACCCAUAUUUACCAGCUAUUGUCAAACAUGGCGAAGUUUUUAGAUUUAUACGGCAGAUUAAACACGCGUCUGACCGGCGGACGUAUCUUCAAUGUGAAGAUGCCGACGGCAAUAUCGUGGAGCUACCGUGCGAGUGCCGAGGCGAUUUUACAGCUGUUGAGGACGAUAAAUCAUACAGUUUGAAGGAAAUCCUUGACCUUGGUCCUGUUGACCGGAAGUUAAAAUUGUCACAUGACCAUAUUAAAAUGGAUUUAGUUGAAGAGGCGGGAAAGGAGGAAAAUUUAUAUUGCAAUCUCUCCCAUUCUGACGGAACAGACGUCCUGCAAAGGAUUAUGGGAUUACCAUUAACCUAUAAUGGUCUGUUGACUUACCACAAGCCAAAAAUGUUUCUUGCAGCUUCGCCAAGUGACAAUAUGCAAGAAGUUUGGAAGAUACCCCUUUCUGUGGAUAUUCAGGUCAAAGAGUUCACCGAAAGAGAGUACGAAAGGCCGAUAACUGGAGACGCAGAGUCAUCUAGUCAGCCACCUGCUUAUAAACUCUAUAAACUCAGUGAACUCCUGGACACCUUCCAUGAGGAUUUUCCGGUGCUAGCAACAUUGGUGCAUUACAAAGACAUGCCAGUAGAGUUUAAACAUUGUUUAGAGCCUGGAGGGGAUGUGGUCAUUCAUGACAUAGAACGCUUUGAUAGGAUUUUAGCCAAAUCUGGAGAAAUGUAUUUUUCUAUUGCAAGAGAUAUGAAUGGCAGAUUUAGAAAAACUUUAAGGAAAUUUAAAUCUCUCGAAGAGAUAAAAACAAUAUAUCCCAAUCCUUUAAGUGAUGAUCUUUAUGUCAAAGUUCUUGAAGAAAUUGCGUCCGAUUUUCCUGUGCCUUUUUCAUUACAAACGGGUGAUGUGUUGAAGUUUAAAUCUUUGCAGACGAAAAUGCAUAAAAUGAAAGCAAAGUCAAAAAAGUUUGGUCCAUUCCCAGUCAUUCAUUGUGAAAAACGUAAAGAAUCUGGUUCAUUUGAAAAGAUACAACUGCCGGAAGAUUUAGAAGUGUGUUUGCACGAGAUGCCCUCGAGGACUAAAGCAGAAGGAUUCACUGCGGAUGAGGUCUUCCGGUAUAAACCGGAACUUCCGUUUCACGUAGAUUUUCUAGCAGAUUAUUCUAGUUUGUGGAGCUGCUUGCCAAUAAGCUCAGAAAUUACUUUGACAAAUUUUGUAACCGAGGCUUUUGCAAUUAUUUCACCUGUGCCAAACUCUGACCAAACGAAAGACCCCCGCCGUUAUAUAGAUCAUCGUGUAAGGGAUUGUUUGCUGGUUCCCGCACGACAUCACAUGAUGUUAACGGUCAAAGACUGUCUUGGUUUCCCGCCUGGAUACUUCAUGUUUCCAGAUAAAAGUGUGUUCAUACAUUGUCCAGUCGAGAAGACAAGUAAACAGAAUUAUGAAGAGCUGAUCAGACACAAUGACAUGGCGUAUGAGGACUACGAGCCUGAAUCUCCCCUUAGCACAGGAAGUGACAUACCCCUUCCUACAAGAAACAAAUCAAAAGAUACCAAGGAAUCCGACCCAGUUAACAAACGUCUUUCUAGGUCACUGUCCAAUAUGCUUAGGAAUAAACCCAACAUAUUGAACAAAUUAAGGGGGCGUAAAUCUUCCAAUGACACUGCUAGAGAGUCGGCGACAUUAGCAGUGCAGAAUGACACUUACCAAGGCGGGUCCCUGCAUAGUAGUGAAUCGGUUGAAGACGACAAUAUUUAUGAGUCAGUGGAUGUUGCAGGAAAACACUCUAAAAGAUAGCGAAUGUCAAGAUACUCAUUUGGGCAGUUCACGGGUUGUUGCCAUAGGGAUCAAAUGGACGGAGCUCAUCGUUUGUCUGUGCAAUAGCUAACAAGAAUAUCUGCGCGCACCAAAGUAGGGUUAGAUCUACCAACAUACCUUCAGGGAUUCAGCCUCGGAUGAAACAAAGUGUGCCGGUUAUUUCUGCAUAGAACAGUUUAUUCUGUCAUUUUCACUGACUUUCUGACGGAUACUUCCAACUGAUGUGAAGACUCGAGACAUUUGUUAUGGCAGCGGGAUUUUUCUCCUUAAUCUACACAAUUCACCUUGUGAAAUUCUGUGGGUUUUAAACAAAUGUUUGUCGUAUAUAGAGAAAUUGCCAGUACAAAAAUUGCCGGUCUUUUCCUUGAUGUCUGUUGAAAUUACUGAGCUCAGCAGUAAUUCAAAAUACCAAUUAUGCAUUUUUUUCUACCACUGCUUGAUUUACACGAGAUUAAAACUGCGUAAUGACAUCCUGUAGGAAGUCUCUCCUCAUUCCAAAGUGCAUUAACUCUUUUUUUUUCUUCUCUUCAAAUAAUGAUUAACAAAUUGUUAUGCUUUCAGAUUAUGAACUUUGGACAGUUAAGUGCACACACUUGAAGGCGCCUAGCUGUUUCUAAUUUAGUUGUUUGGAGAAGGAAAAAACGUUUUAAAAAAAACCCCUAAAAAUUGGUGAGAAGCCAGUAGUCCACAUUACAUCUUUCUGAACGUAAUACUGAGGAACUACUUUUUUUUACCUUCUUCAAUAUUUUCAUGUUUUUCUAUGUUGUAAUAUACCUAAUAUACCGGUCAAUCAAAGCAUUAUAUACCUGUCAAAGUAUUUAUCAAUAUACACCUAGAAAUAGAA